UCAAAAACAUAUAGUGCAGGAAAUGCUAAUGCUAACCUAUUUACAAAACAAUCAAAUGUCAAAAUAAGAUACCACAAAAAUUAUUUGUGCCACUCCAAAAAAAAAAUUUAAAUUCCUGUCCAAAACAGAGGGGCACAUCUCAGGUCUGACACUUCCACAGUGUGUCACUUCUCUUGUCUACCUGAAAGCACAGUUGGCACCUCAUUCUGCCUUUUUGGUGAGGAUCUGUGCCUGUCACAGUUGGCACAGGAACGUGGUUCUGGCUCCUGUUCUGUGGGACACCUGUUUUGUCUGUGCUACAGUUGACACACCAGCUCCACCAUAAAGUCCUUGUGUGUCUGGGCUGCACCUGCUUGACGCUGCUGAUCUCAUGAUGCAAGAUGAAUCCGUGGUUGCAAUGUCAAUGAAAUGCAGCAACACUGUCCUGUACCAGCAUGCAGUUUUCUGAUGGGUGGAGUCGUACUGGAUGAGCUGGUCAGAUAGUUCGACUCCACCCAUGUCAACACUGGGGUAGGACAGAGAAUGUCUUUCACCGUCCAGCGUCCAUCCUUCACCCUUCUCUGUCUCACUCAAACACAUGAUGGAUGGUGGAGCACACAGAUACCUCCCGUGUGUCCAUCCACUUUACAGACACCAGAGGUCCCUCUCUUAUCCAUCUUAUAGAUCCUCUUUCAGAUUUUAUUCUGAGAGCAUUUUCCCUCCUCUGGGGCAUCCUCAUCUGUUCUCCCUAUAUGUGCCACAUGCCCCAAACUUCACAUUAGCCAGGUCCAUGAACAGUUUGGGACUCAUGUAAAUAUUGUCCAUAUGAAUGUGGUACCCAGUACUAAGCGAGGAUGGCUGGAUCAGGUUCAUGACCACAUCAUACGACAGCCCGUGCUCACCUGUGGUCACAGUCUUGCCAGUGUAAAUGGUGAACUUGUGUGUAGCCAUUACUUGAAACAGCCAACACAAAAAGUUUAAUGCCCCAUUUUGUUGGCUUCUCCUUCAAAUAUUGAGUCAUUACAGUUUUUGCCUUCGUCGCCAACAUCCUUUCAUCCACUGCCAGCUCCCUUCUCAGGUGGUAAUAAGCCUGGUAGGCCCUGAGGAUGUCAUCAUAAAGAGGCCUGACUCCAAACAGUUUGUCAUGACCUGCUGUUCCCUUUUUUCUAUCAUUUUCUACAUCCUCAUCUGGAUCACUUAGAUGGAUGUUCCAGAUUAUCGAUCUAAAUCUGUCUCUGGACAUUACUUUCGCUGGAAAGACCACAGACAAAAUAUGACUUUGUUUCCAGUAGUCGUGGAGACUUGGCAGUGACACCAACAACAUGUAUAUCAGAAGUCCAAAAAAUUUGUACAGAUCUUCCAUUUCAAUGUCUGUCCAGUUGUAUUUUUUCCAUAAUGCCUUGUUUAUUGCAGCAGUUUUAUUGGUGUUGGUGCAAAUUGUUCUGUGUCAGUUGCAAAAAACAAAAGAAACAGGUGUUUUGGACUAUGGAUGGAAAGUGUCUCAACCUGGACUCCUGGAGUUCCCUGAAGCUGAAAUCUUCUUACUGCUGGAGCGGUGUCUGUGUCCUUCUUCGUGUUCCAGCAGUCACAUCUGGGGCAUGUCUCUGCUGCAUGUCUGAGUGGACAUCUGGAUCUGGAAACAGAAACGCGCACUUCAACCCUCUGAUCAGAUCUCCGUGUGCAUGUUGGUGGAUCCACCUGCUUUGGUUGCUCCUCCAGAACAAAAGAGGGAUCAUCUCUUUCAGCACCAGAAUCCUCACUCUCUGUUUCAGACUCUGACAACGCGCUGCGCGCUCCGUCUUCCUCCAGUUCAAAAAAUAACUCAAGCACUUGCUCCGCAUUCAUAAAACACCUCAUUUUUACAAAAUAAAUAAAUAAAUAAGUCAAACAACAAAAUGCUAACCUCACAGGCUUUCCACCAGUAAUAAAGAGAAAGCGAUCACACAAUCAGACCCACAUGGGGUGGGUGGGCUGUGAUCAAACGUGUGGUGUUAGUGACUUCUGAUUGGUGGAAAAUUCACAAGCCAGCCAACCAAUGAGGAAGAAGGAAUCAUAUUUUUUUCCCCACUGCUGUCGGUGCUGCAGUAGAGAAGGAAAUGAUCCUUUUGGCUGCCUGUGUGUUCAUAAACGUGCAGCAAAACAUGACAAUGAUAUUCAUUAAAAGGCAUGGUGUAAAAAAAAAUACUCAUAAGUCAAGUUAUACUCGGGUCUAUUAACAAAAUUUAAAAAGUGCUAUAAAGGAUGACGUCUCCAUGUUCAACAAACAUUUAAAGGGAGCCUCAGAGUGGAGCAGAUUGAGUGUUACAUCCACUUAAUUAGGUCGUGACUUUUUAUGCAAGGGCGCGUCAUUCAACUCUAGAGGGUUAAAUAAGGGCUCGGUGUGUCUGUUAUAGCUGCUACUUCAAAAUGCUUUGAAAGCUUUCUUUUGGAAGCUAAUAUAUUGUCUCAGUAUACUGCUGCACACUUUCCCGGGUCAGUGACUCAUAAUUAGAACACUCUCUCUUCACCAUCCGAAGGACAGGUACUUUGCUAGUGAAUACUAAAACAAUACAAAAACCAAAACAACACAGUCAGAACAACACAAAAACGAAAACUAUACAAUAAACCAAAACAAUGCAACCAGAACAACACAAAAAACUAAAACAACACAACUGGAAAUCACAUAAGUACGGAAGUGUAUUGCAUUCACUUGAUAAAUUUAUUUUUUGAUUUGUUUUUUGGAGUAAUUAUUAGUGUUUUUCUGAGUAAUUUAUUUUAUGGUUGGUUUUUCAGAGUAUCUUUCCCCUGAUUUUCUGAAUUUUUUUUUUCUUCUGUUUUUCGGACCAAUUUUUUUUCUAAGUUUAGAGAGCAUUUGAAGAUGCAUUCAUUCAUUGAGAACUCAAUUUGGUAACAAGCAUGACAUUGUUCAGUUUAAUCAAGUUUUACUUUGAUCUGGGUUUAAGACACUGGGAGAUUGUCCUGUCUUUAAAUCAUAUAGAUUGUAUCAUCGUUAGUUUGCCGACUCUACGCAGGCAUCUGAGGACUUUGCCAUAGCAGUUUUUCUCCAGGAUCAGUUGGAGAGAUACAGUAUGCUCCAUGGAUACAGGAUGAUGCAUUUGAAAUGCAUUCAGGCUGGCUACGUGGUGACUCAAGAAAUAGUUAAAAAAAAAAAAAAAAAAAAAAACUGAAAAAACUGUCAAAAAAACAAACCUAAAAAUAAAUUACUCAGAAAAACAGAAAUAAUUUUACUCUGGAAAAACAAACCAAAAAAUUUAUCAAGUGAAUGCAAUACACUUCUGUACAUAAGAAUAACACAACCCAUGAGAAUAAUUGAUUGACAUUCUGAAACAGGAAAACCACUGAAAAUAGGAGAAUUUAAAAACUGAUUUUAUCUUGUUUGUUUGUGAUGGAGAAAGCUGUUGGUAAUUUUCUUUCUGAAAUAGAUUUUCUGUAAAUGUGUGUCCUUUGAUUUGUCAUUGUGUUACUGAGGAUGUAUUGUUUUUGGAUGGAUGGCGGCCUGGGAUGGAGCGCACGGCGCCAUGAUCCUCCUUUAAUCCUUUUAUCUGUGUCAGGGUGACACAGGAGAAUCUGGAGCCACUGAACCUCCUCCUCCUUCAGCCUCUGCACCUUCUCUUUUUGGAUGACACAUUUUGGAGGAUUCAAUCUUUUGACAAGUUUCAGUUCAGAAAGUCACAGGAAGUGUCCAUCAAUGGCCAAAGUAGCUCCGAUAGUCUCGCCCCUUGUUGCUAGAUCAACUCUGCCCACCAUCAUUCUUCAGGAUAUGGAGAAAGAGGCAGAAGACAUCACUGAGGAGGAAAGAGCUGUUGACAGAGCAGGAGCCGGAGUUCUAUUCAACGUAAACAGCAACAACAACAAAGACGAGGAAGAAAGAAAGAAAAAGAAGAAAGAGCGAAAAGAGAAGAAAGAGAAGGAGAAGCAGGAGAAGAAAGAGAGAAAGGAGAAGAAACAAAUGGAGAAAGAGGAGAAACGGAAGGAGAAAGAGAAGAAGGAGAAAGAGGAGGCGGCGAUUCCAAAGGAGAUCACAGUGAUUGAUCCGGCUGGUAACACCUACUAUUACUGGCUCUUUGUCAUCACGCUUCCCGUCAUGUACAACUGGACCCUGAUAAUAGCGCGGGCGUGUUUCGAGGAGUUGCAGACCGAUUAUGUGGUUUUGUGGUUCAUCCUGGAUUUUACCGCUGACAUGACUUACAUCGCUGACAUGAUCUUCAGAACCAGGACCGGUUACCUGGAGCAGGGUCUGCUGGUGAAGGACGAACUCAAGCUCCGGGAGCGUUACAUGAACAGCUUCCAGUUCAAAUUGGACAUGAUCUCCAUCAUCCCCACAGACCUGCUAUAUGUGGUGUUUGGUCUCACCUACCCUGAGAUCCGCCUCAACAAACUCUUCCGUUUCAACAGGAUGUUAGAGUUCUUCCAGAGGACAGAGACGAGGACAAACUAUCCAAAUGCACUUCGUAUCUCCAACCUUGUCAUGUACAUCGUCAUCAUCAUCCACUGGAACGCCUGUCUCUAUUACUCCUUCUCCAAGGCCAUUGGUUUUGGCUCUGACAGGUUUGUGUAUCCGGACCCAGCUGAUCCAGAGUUUGGUCGUCUGGUGAGGAAGUAUGCCUACAGCAUGUACUGGUCCACGCUGACCCUCACCACCAUUGGAGAAACACCGCCCCCUGUAGAGAACUCUGAGUACUUUUUUGUGGUCACUGAUUUCUUGGUGGGAGUCCUGAUUUUUGCGACCAUCGUUGGUAACGUUGGCUCCAUGAUCACCAACAUGAAUGCUGCCAGAGCUGAUUUCCAGUCUCGCAUCGAUGCCAUCAAACAGUACAUGAGCUUCCGGAAGGUAACCAAGGAUCUGGAGAAGCGUGUGAUCAAGUGGUUUGACUUCCUUUGGACCAAUAAGAAAGCUGUGGAUGAGAGGGAGGUUCUGAAGUACCUUCCUGAUAAGCUGAGAGCUGAGAUUGCUAUCAAUGUCCACCUGGACACGCUGAAAAAGGUCCGUAUCUUCGCAGACUGCGAGGCGGGUCUGCUGGUGGAGUUGGUGCUGAAGCUGCAGCCUCAGGUCUACAGUCCAGGUGACUACAUCUGUAAGAAGGGCGACAUCGGCAGAGAGAUGUACAUUAUUAAGGAGGGGAAGCUCGCUGUGGUUGCAGAUGAUGGUGUCACACAGUUUGUUGUCCUGAGUGAUGGCAGCUACUUUGGUGAGAUCAGCAUCUUGGCCAUCAAAGGAAGUAAAGCUGGAAACAGACGAACAGCCAACAUCAGGAGCAUUGGUUACUCUGACCUUUUCUGCCUUUCCAAAGACGACCUGAUGGAGGCACUGACAGAGUAUCCUGAUGCUAAAGCUUUGCUGGAGGAGAAGGGAAGGCAGAUUUUGAUGAAGGAUGGGCUCCUGGACCUUGAGGUGGCAGCGCUGGGCCCUGACCCCAAAGAGAUUGAGGAGAAGGUGGACCGGAUGACUGGUACACUGGAUGUCCUACAGACACGUUAUGCCCGGCUGCUGGCAGAACACGAAUCCACUCACAGUAAAAUCAAACACAGAGUGACCAAGCUCGAGAAGAAGCUGGCGCCUACACUGGGAUCCGCCCAGCCUGGUGAUGCCCCACCCCCUCCCACAGCAGAGACACUGACAGUGAAGGAGGAGCAGAAGUAAUGUGGAGUUUGAAGACAUUUCGAGGGUCUUGACCUGGAUAUCUAGGUGGGAGGGAUUACCUUGUGGUGAGGUCAUCGUAGCAUUAAUGUUUAAAGCUAAAGUCAUGUUUAGUUUGGAACAAAGUGAAGUGGACUGAGUCUGAAUGAGAAGGAGCAGCACUGAGUCGUCAUAGGAGCAGAAUGAGGCCAAACCAAUAACCAGGAUCACGUCUUUGGGCAGUUAGCUCCUUUCCUCUGGCCUGAAUUAACACUGUGAGACACACCAGGAUCCAUGGCCCGUACACCAAAAUGGGCAGGACACUGGAUUUUGUCAUGUAGCGACUAGCUCUUCUAGCUAAUUGGCCAAUUCUCAUGUACAACAAUGUUUACCGUCACAAACAUGAGGUUAAAUUAUUUCAUAAAAUCACUAACAGCCUGACGUUACUUACCUGAUGAACAUUUAUUCAAAAUUAAACUGGACUCGAGGAGCUAGCUACGUGCUAGUCAAGUGAACUGGUUUGCCUGAGCCAAGCUAGGCCAGUGAGUUUUCUUAUGUUAUAUAAAAAAAAUAUUUGAGUUAUUUAUGUCUGUAUGAUUCUGGUUUGAUUUUUUUUUUCUCUUUUUUUUCCCAGUUAAUGCUUUUAUGACAGUUAUAUGGCUAGCAGACAUGCUAGCUGUUGUAAUGAAGCUUGUGACUGGGUGAUGUUCUGUUCAAAAUUCCAAAUACUUCAACUCCUAAAAUUAUAUACAAAAGAACAAGCUGAAAGAUCAUUUUAUGUUGUUGGUUGAAAAGACAUUUUCAUUAUCUUGUAUGUAAAAUUGUUUCACUGAAAGGCACCAGAAUGUCAUACAUGCGCGCUGCACAUCCAUGUGCAGCGUAUAUUCAUGUACACGUGAAUAUACAUCUGCCUGUUUUUCAACAUGUAUGACUUCCUUAUCACUGUAUUAUCAUUCAUACAAAUCAAUCACAAAUAUCUGCAAUCAAUAUAUGCUUUAGAUCAUCCAUCAAGGCUUCUUGGUUGUUGUGAUAUAAAACUGUUUUUGGACCAUCUUUACCUUAACCUUUGACCACCACUCCAAAAUCUAAUCACCUCCAUUGAUUCAAGUAAAAUUCCCACCAUGUCUGAAAGAAAUGUACACACAACACACACACCAACCUGUGAAAACAACACUCUGCUUGCUGCUGGUUUGUGGUCUGGGUGAACUGCCACAGUAAUUAAGCAAUCGACACCAAACUUGGUAUGGUGACUGGUGGUGCCAAAGUGGAGGUCACUGGGCCCUUAGAUUGAAAGCGCACAUGCGCGAACAAACACACAUACACACGGUCAGCCUUAUAUACGGUAGGCUUUGAAGGA